AUGGAACGCGGCAAAAACAUGAAGAGAGCACAUUACAUGAGCAAUGUUAGUAAUGCACUAAAAUUUUUGGAAAGUCGGAAGAUAAAACUAGUCAACAUUCGUCCGGCUGACAUUGUCGACGGAAAAUCGAUCAUUUUGGGCUUAGUAUGGAUGUUGAUACUUUGCUAUCAGAUCGAAGAGUCAGGGAACGAGGAUGGUUCAACAGCACCCAGUGGUACGCGUGGUAGAGCAAAAGAAGUACUACUUGAAUGGGCAAGAAAGAAGACAACAGGUCAAGUUGAAGGUUUGGAAGUAAAAGAUUUUACUACUAGUUGGCGUGAUGGUAUGGCUUUUAAUGCUAUGAUACAUGCAAUUCGCCCUGAAUUAGUCAAUUUGCGGGCUGUACAACAGAUGGAUGUUCGUCAACGUUUAGAAAAUGCAUUUUCUACAGCCGAAGAACGAAUGGGUAUUCCUCGAUUAAUUGAUGCUGAGGAUGUUGACGUACCCAAACCAGAUGAAAAAUCGAUUAUGACUUAUAUCGCUCAAUUUUCAAGAAAAUAUCCUGAUGAGCCAUCUGGUGCUCUGAAUCGUGAACAUGGUGAACUUUUAAGAUGGAUAAACGAAUCACAACAUCGUUUACAGAUUGUUAAUCAAGCAAUAACCGAUAUUCAAGCAGAAUACAAGGACUAUAUUAAAUAUGAAAAAGAAUGCAAUGAAAAACAUAAACAAUUUAAAAAUUUUGAACGAAAAGAAUCAAAAUCAACAACCUUUCCAGCAGAAAAAUUAAAAGAAUUAAAAGAUUCGUUUGACGACAUUAUUGACAGAGUGAAGAAAUGGCGAAUUAAAUUGGAUACAAGUUUACCAGGCGAACUUGGUCAGAUAGGUCAAUGGAUUAAUGAUGCCGAAAGUUUAUUAGAGAAAGAUCUGCCAUUUGAUCCAGAAACAUUGUCACCUGAAGGAAAUUACAAAAAUUAUUCAAUAUUAAAAGAUGAACAUGCUAGAUUCUUUAAUAACAAAGAUCUCAUUCAACAAAGUUUUUUGCGUAUUAAACGUGAUAGUUCAAUUGUUGGUCAACAUAUAUCACAAGAACAUUUGAAUAAUUUAAAUGGACGUUUAACAGCUAUUAUGCAAAAUUCUGAGGAAAGAGAGCAUUAUUUAAAUUUUGAAGAAACACGAUGGAAACUCCAAUGUUUAUUGACACCAUUUGAUCAACUAUUGAAAACUUUAAAUCAGAAACAAGGCAAUAUAGAUGAAACAGCUAGACGUUUAAAUGAAUUAAAGAUUAUGGUACAUGGCGAUAAAAUAAUUCAAACAAUUGAACACAUAAUGCCGGAUCUGCACAGCAAAGCACAACAAUAUCAUCAGUUAUCUAAAAAAGAUGAUCGAAAAAAAGAAUUUAUAACAUUUACUGAACAAGUACGUAAACGUAUGAAAAGUGCUGUUACAGAUUUAACAUCAAAAGAAACAUUGCUGGAAGAAACAAUGGAGAAUUGGAAUACAUAUUAUUCGUGUAUUGAACCGUUUGAAAAAUGGUUAAAUGAGGGUGAACAAGUAUUAAGACGAUCAUCAGAGGAGAAAACAGCAUAUUUUUCAAAUGUUGAAAAUUGGAGACAAUUUCAUCUAAAACUAAAUAAAGCAAUUCAAUUUUUACUUUCUGUUUGUGAUGAUGAUAAUGGAACAAUGUUAAAAAAUAAAUUAUUACUUAUUAAUCGUCGUUGGAAAGAUAUUGACGAUAGUGUUAAACAAUAUCAUCAUGAUGAAGUUAUUAAGAAAAAACGUGAUGAAUUUUAUGCUGGACGAGCAAAAUUAUUAGAGACAUUGGAAAAAAUUGAACGAGAAAUUCAAGAUAGUUUACCUUGUACAUUGAAAGCAAUCAAAGAACAAGAUCAUCGUUUAUAUAAUGCUCAAGCUGAAAUAGAAACGUUUCAACGUACACUUCAAAUAUUAAUAAAACUUGGACAAACAAUUGAUCGUGAAAGUGGUGAUCAACAUCAUCCAGGUGAAAUGAUUUCUUUAUUACAAGUUUGUCAGGAUAAAUUAUCUAAAAUUGAACACGAUUUACCACUAAUAUCAAAACGUAAUAAAACAAUACAUACACAAUUACAAAAAUUUGAAGAUGGUAUGGAUAAAUUUACACAAUGGCUUAAUGAUGGUAAACAAACAAUUCAUCAAUAUACAUUACAAGUACCAGUAAAAAAAAUUGAAACAUUUCUUGAACAACAUCGAAAUUUUUUUACUGAAACUGCUUAUUAUCGUUCGAUGAUUGAGAGUAAAGGAAAAUUAUUGACAGAUUUAAAAAAAUCAAAUGUUGGAACACAAAUAAAUUUUAAUAUGAUUGAUGAACAGUAUAAUCAAAUGUUAAUCGAAUUUGAGCAAAUUUGUCAAGAAGCAUCAUAUUGGGAUAAACAAUUUUCAUUACAUACAGAAUUAUGGAGAAAUUUUCAUCAUCGUUUGAAACUAUUAGAAGAUUGGAUAGAAAAAGCGCAAGAUAUUGUCAAAGAAAAAAAUGAUGAUUACGCAUGGCUAAUACGAAAACAUAAAGAUUUUUUUGAUAACGCUGACGAUGAAAUACUACAUGGUUUUGUUAAUUCUGGUCAAGAACUUUUACACAUAAGAAGUGAAAAUGAUCAGAAAGACAUUAAACAUCUAAUGGAUACUUUAGAAACAAAAUGGAAGACAGAAGAAAAAUAUACAUCCCACAUCGAUGCAAUUAGUCGUUCAGAAGAUUGUGCACGUGUUCUGUAUUUGAAAAGGAAAGAGAGAAAAAUAGUAACUGAGCAGAGACUUUAACAAUUGUGUAGAAGAGUUUCAAUCAUGUUCUCACUAGGUAUGCACCAGUUAAAAACUGCUGUUUGAACUUCCACGAAAACUGUGAUAAAUUGCCUAUAAAAGAUUUCUCAGAGUCGCCGAACGUCUCAUUUUGUAGACUAAUGUUUGGACUAUAGUUCCAUAUAAGCAGACAAAUUUCGAAGUUAUCUAUGGUACAAAUAUGUGCAGUAUAAAAUGCACUAAAUUCAGAAAAUACUUAGGGCAAUCCAAAAGUAGUGAGAGAGGUACUUUAUUUUCUUAAGGAGCGCUUCAAAAACAUUUCUCUUUUAAUGAACAGAUAGAGCAUCUUUCGCUCUAUUUUUCUAUGCUAUUUGAUCAAUAUUCAACUAAUAUUAUAAUAAUAAAAUUUCGAUAAG